UAGAUAGAGAACAUUUGAGAUUUUCUAUAAAUAGGUACACUUGUUGAGAGACAACAACAUUGUAAACGAGUAAACAAGAGAGAGAAACUAAAGAGAUGGAAAACGGUGGAGCCAAAACUAAUGGGGUUGCCAAAAAUUGGAGGUUCAAUGGAAAAGAGGGUGGUAUCAACAACGGCAACGGCAGUAUGGCAUCUCAUAAUAAGAAUAAUAACAAUAACACUACUAGUAAAAGUAGAGGGGUAACGGUGAGAGAAGCUAGAAAUAUGAUUAUGGAGAAUUUAAACCCUGAUGAUGAGAGGCCAAUGCUUGCUCUUGCUCAUGGUGACCCUUCUAUUUUCCCCUGUUUUCGCACUUGCCCCAACGCUGAGCGCGCCGUCGUGGACGCGCUCUGUUCGGGCAACUUUAACUCCUACGGCACCGCCGUCGGCAUCCUUCCGGCUAGAAAGGCUAUAGCAGAAUACCUUUCUCGUGAUCUCCCCUAUGAAGUUUCACCGGAUGAUGUAGUCCUUACAGUUGGUUGUUCACAAGCUAUUGAUGUUGCACUCUCUGCGCUUGCUUCUCCGGGUGCUAAUAUUUUGCUACCAAGACCCGGUUACCCGUAUUACGAUGUCUUUUCAGCUCAUAUCGGACUUGAGACACGCCACUUUGAUCUUCUUCCAGAAAGCGGGUGGGAAAUCGAUCUCGAGGCCAUUGAAGCUCUUGCUGAUGCCAAUACUGUGGCUAUGGUUAUUGUAAACCCUGGAAACCCUUGUGGUAACGUUUUUACGUAUAACCAUCUGCAAAAGGUGGCAGAAGUUGCCAAAAAGCUUGGGAUUCUGGUGAUCAGUGAUGAAGUUUACGGACACCUGACCUUCGGAAGCAACCCAUUUGUACCAAUGGGUGUGUUUGGAAAUAUUGUUCCAGUUAUCACUCUCGGGUCUUUAUCCAAAAGAUGGAUAGUUCCUGGUUGGCGCCUUGGUUGGCUUGUCACAAAUGAUACUCAUGGCAUCUUGCAAAAAUACGGGGUCAUGGAGAGCAUUAAGCGCAUUGUAAGCAUCUCUGCAGACCCUGCUACCUUUAUUCAGGGAGCGGUUCCUCAAAUUCUUGAAAAAACAAGCAAGGAAUUCUUUGCAAAAGUCAUCAACAUUUUAAGGCUUGACGCAGACAUUUGCUACGAGAAACUUAAGGAGAUUUCUUGCUUCAUUUGCCCAAACAAACCAGAAGGUUCCAUGUUCGUUAUGGCCAAACUCGAUUUGUCUCAACUAGAUGGAAUUAUUGACGACAUUGAUUUUUGCAUUAAGCUUGCUAAAGAAGAGAAGAUGAUCAUUUUACCAGGUGUGACUGUCGGGGCAAAGAAUUGGUUGCGCAUCACUUUUGCGUUGGAGCCAACAACUCUUGAAGAUGGUCUUGAAAGAUUAAAAGCAUUUUGUCAAAGACAUGCGACUACAAAGCCAAACUUCUUUUAGAAAUUUCUUGUAAAAACUAUGGGUGGCAAUUCAUAACUUCAAUUUUUUUUUUUGGGAAUUUCCCUUUGCGCCUCGAUUAAUAUUGUUUGACCAGUCAUUCUACGUAUCAAAUUCAAAUGUGGUCCUUUGUUCUUAUUUUUCUUGCAAAUUAAAUAGUUAAAAAGUGUUCUCAUAUUGUAUGAGUUGAGGGACAAUAUGUUGACAUGGUUGAAAUUGUAGAGCAACUUUUUAUAAAUUUUUACUCCAUUCAUUUUG